AUGUAUCAAGGUCUGGCCCUCACCCCCAACCAUGGCCAGUCGGCUUAUUCCCACGACUCCAGCAACUUCCUCCACUCGUCGGCCGGCUCGCCCGUCUACGUGCCCACCACCCGGGUGCCCUCGGUCCUCCAGACGCUGCCCUACCUGCAAGGCUGCGAGCCGCACCAGAGCCACCUCGGCAACCCCCCGGGCUGGGGGCAGAGCGGCGGCGAGGCCGCGGCUUUCAACGCCGGCAGCCCCCACCCGCCGUCGGGCUUCUCGUACUCGCACAGCCCGCCGGGCAGCAGCCCCUCGGGCCGCGACGGCGCCUACCAGGGGCCCCUGCUGCUGGGCGGCGGGGGCCGGGAGCAGUACGGCAACGCCUUGGUGCGCUCCGUUAACGGGUCCUACUCCAGCCCCUACCCCGCCUACGUGACCCCCGAGAUACCGCCUUCCUGGACGGCCGGACACUUUGAGAGCAGCGUGCUGCACAGCCUGCAGACGAGGCAGGCGGCCUUGCCCGGCCGCAGGUCCACUUUUGAGUACCUGGAGGAGUUCCCCGGGGAUGGCCGGGAAUGCGUGAACUGCGGAGCCAUGUCCACCCCGCUCUGGAGGAAGGACGGCACCGGGCACUACCUGUGCAACGCCUGCGGGCUCUACCAUAAAAUGAACGGCAUCAACCGGCCGCUCAAGCCGCAGAAGAGGCUGUCUUCAUCGAGACGUGCUGGCCUUUGUUGCACUAACUGCCACACCACCAACACCACCCUGUGGAGAAGGAACGCCGAGGGCGAGCCCGUCUGCAACGCCUGCGGCUUGUACAUGAAGCUCCAUGGGGUACCACGACCUCUGGCCAUGAAAAAGGAAAGCAUCCAGACGAGGAAAAGGAAGCCUAAAAACAUUACCAAAGGCAAAGCCUCAACAGGAUCCACGACUUCAGCCACCAACUCCCCUUCUUCCAUUACCAACUCAGACAGCACGGUCACUUUAAAGUCAGAGCCCAGCACAACCUCCCAGUACCCCGGACAAACCAUCGUGUCGGUGUCUCAGGCACAGAGCCAGUCAGACGAGGCGCUGGCCAGCGGCCACGGCGAGUUCAAGUUCGAGCCCGAGGACUACAGCUUCUCCCCCAGCAGCAUGGCCCCGCAGCCUGGGCUGAGCGUGCCCCUCCGGCAGGACUCCUGGUGUGCCCUGGCACUCGCCUAG